UAGGUGCCGGCGGAACGCGAGGGUCGAUUAUCAGCUGCGCGGGGUGGAAUAAAGUAAGAAUCCCGAGUCUAGCUUCGUUCUGCGGUCAACGAGAACUUCUUAUUUUGCGUCGUGAAGUUAAUUGCCAUCUGUGGAGCAUUUAUAGACUGCUGCGUUCAUCAUGCUGCGCUUGUUGAAACCGUCCGCCGUGCGUUGUGCAUUCUCGGUCACCGGUACCGGCUGCCGGCAGUACUCGGUUCCGGCACCGAAGUCAUCUCCCGAGAUUCUUUACACCGGGAUCUUCAUCAACAACGAGUGGCACAAGAGCUCGAGCGGCAAAACGUUUGAAACAAUCAACCCUUCAAACAAGAAAGUGAUUGCUGAAAUCCAGCAGGGAUCGAAGGCUGACAUCGAUCAAGCGGUCACCGCCGCAAGAGAAGCUUUCCGGCUCGGUUCGCCAUGGCGACGUAUGGAUGCGUCGAAGCGUGGCCAGCUGUUGUACCGUUUGGCGGAUCUGAUGGAACGUGAUCGUGUUUACUUGGCGAGCUUGGAGACUUUGGACAAUGGCAAACCGUACUUCAUGUCGUACAACGCGGAUGUGCCGAUGGCGAUUAGCAAUCUGCGCUACUAUGCCGGCUGGGCCGAUAAGAACCACGGAAAGGUGAUACCGAUGGACGGAGAGUUCUUUGUGUACACGCGCCACGAACCGGUCGGUGUGUGUGGCCAGAUUAUUCCCUGGAAUUUCCCGAUUCUGAUGGCUGCUUGGAAGUUCGGUCCGGCGUUGGCUACCGGUAACACCAUCAUUCUGAAACCGGCCGAACAAACGAGCCUGACCGCGCUCUACCUAGCGCAGCUGACGAAGGAAGCCGGAUUCCCACCGGGUGUCAUCAAUGUCGUACCCGGGUACGGGGAUGCCGGCGCUGCGCUCGUCAAUCAUCCGGACGUAGACAAGGUGGCAUUCACCGGAUCGACUGAGGUUGGCAAAUUGAUCCAGCAGGGUGCCGGAGCGAGCAAUUUGAAGCGCACCACCCUGGAGCUCGGUGGCAAGAGUCCGAACAUCAUUCUGGCCGAUGCGGACAUGAAGCACGCCGUGGAAACAUCCCACUUUGGGCUGUUCUUCAACAUGGGCCAGUGUUGUUGCGCUGGAUCGCGUACAUUCAUCGAGGACAAGAUCUACGAUGAGUUUGUGGAGCGUAGUGCCGAGCGGGCUCAGAAGCGCACGGUCGGCAAUCCGUUCGAUUUGACCACCGAGCAUGGGCCACAGGUCGAUAAGGAGCAGUACGAAAAGAUUCUCGGUCUCAUUGAUACGGGCAAGCAGCAGGGCGCACGGUUGGUGGCCGGUGGUGACAAGUAUCCCGAUCUGCCCGGAUACUUCAUUCAACCGACCGUGUUCGCGGAUGUGCAGGACGAUAUGACGAUCGCAAAGGAGGAAAUCUUCGGUCCGGUGCAGCAACUGAUUCGCUUCAAAUCGCUCGAUGAGGUGAUCGAGCGUGCCAACAAGACCGAUUACGGGCUGGCGGCUGCCGUUUUUUCCAAGGACAUCGACAAGGUAAACUAUCUCGUGCAGGGACUGCGCGCCGGUACGGUUUGGGUGAACACGUACAACGUACUAUCGGCACAGGCACCCUUCGGUGGCUACAAAAUGUCGGGCCAUGGGCGCGAAAACGGAGAGUACGGUCUGCAGGCGUACACUGAGGUGAAGAGUGUGAUCACGCGUAUCCCGGUGAAGAACUCGUAGGCUCGUUGCUCAGUUCUCCUUGUUUAAAAGCAUUGUUUCUUCAGGGGUGCGAUUUGUGCACAAAGUACCGGUUCAAAAAUGAUUGUAUAACGGUCAACUGUUUUUUAUGAUGUAAAAUGGUGCAUAUUGCAGAGAAAUAAAACAUUACAAAGCAUAUUUUAACUAACUAA